AUGUCAAGGAUGGAGUUGUUGUGUGGUGUACACUACAACAGCUGGCAACACAGCAUCACUCAAGCCAGCAAGGAGGUGACAGAGCGAUGCAAAGAACUUCACGAAUUGAUCAUGCUCCAAGAACACAAGAUCAACUCACAGAUCAAUGACAGAGUGCAUCAAACAUCAUCAGCAAUCAAUGACAUCAUCAAUGAGAUUGAGAGCAUCAACAAUGUGUUCAAAUCAUCAAAGAAUAAGAUCAAUGAUCUAUUGGAGGUGGAUAACAUCUUUCAAUCAAUCACAUCAAGUACAACGAUUGACCAGUUCAUCGAUCAAUCGUUCACAUCGACAUCAAUGUUGACGUCACCCAACAGUGACCUAUCAAUCGAGAUCAGCAUUAGUAGCAAUGAAUUGUUGAAAUUGGUACAACAGAGUGUUCGACUAAUGAAUGAAUCACAGUAUAAACAUAUCCCAAGAUAUUUGGUGGUCAUUGAUCACGACACAUUGGAUGGCAUCAAACAUCAACUUCGAACUUGCUUCGAACUUCUGGAGGAGACAGCUGACAAUCGUAUAUUGGUCAUUAGUAAAGAGUCCAUGUCAAUCUACUCACCAAUGUCAGACACGUGGUCGUUGCUCGAUGACAAGCCAAUGAAAUGGGAUACCACGCUUACGUCAGUGUAUGUCCGUGGCAAAGUGUACAUGUUCAGCGGUAAUGAGGAGCCAUCCGCAUUCGCCUGGUACUCACUGGAUGACGGUCAAUGGCACAACUAUGACAUCAAGGAUGCUUCUCGCUAUAUUGAAUCAACAUCGUUCUUCGAUGGAGACAAACUGAUCUACAUCUUUACCACUGACCAUAAUGAGGAGACAUGGAUAUACACCUUCAAUAUAGAGUCACAACAGUUCUUUUGUAUUGGCAUGCUACCGUGGAUUGAUCAGCAGUGA